AUGGCAUGCGCAGUACUUUUCUACGUCUUCCUCUGCCUCGUUGGAGUGGUUCAUGCUGCACCUAUAACAGAUACAACAAAUAGUAUUGCCAGCGACAGUUUCUUGGAAGCCCCAUCAUUCACAACCAGAACCAUGUGGACUAUCAUCUCUAGCUCCGUUUUCACUCUAUUUGCGUGCAUAUAUGGUGCUAUUCACCCCAAUAUCCCGAGUCCUGAGGACAGACCCCUUCGUGUCCUCCUGCAGCUGCUUGGCACCAUGAUUAUGGCACUAAUCGCUCCUGAACUGAUCAUCACAUGGGCUAUGCGCCAAUGGUUCAGCGCUCGUCGAGUUACGAGACAGUUUGAGAAAUUGGGGUAUACCAAUGUUCGUCUGGAGUCUGAAGAAAAAGAGUCUGUUGAAGUACCUGAGCAAUUGUUUCGUUGGCAUUUCCCUGGUGCUCUUGCGAGGUGGGUCAAAAAGUCGGUUGAGGCUCAUUUCUCGAAGCAAUCUGAAGAUUAUACAUGGACUCAGACGCACAGCUUCUUUGUGCUAAUGGGUGGUUUCAUGCUUUAUGUGGAUGGGAAACCCUGCCUUACCCUACGCCCUGACUACAUUAAUCCACGAAGGGUGGCCUGGUUUGUCAUGCAGCUCAUCACCCGCGCCAUCUAUCACCUCGAAACCACGCAGGUUGAAGUGGGGACACUCGCUUUUGCGGUUCUCAAUUUCCUAACUUAUGCUGUGUGGUGGGACAAGCCUCUCAACGUGCAAUGCCCACAUCCAGGGUACUGGAAGUUGACCGAGUCAAGGCCAGAGGAUCACAUUAAUGUCAGCGAUAGAGACGAAUUCACUCGACUUCGGAUCUUGCGUCGAGUCUUUCGCCCAGUUAUAGAGCUAAUAGGCUGGGCUGAGAUUCCCACAUCUCGAAAGCUCCGAGUUCCAACAUUUGAUGGUAGCAUCGAACUGGAAGAUGCAGAUAACAUGGUUCUUCGGCUCGCUGGAUUGCUUAUAGCCACCAUCUUUGGUGGCAUCCAUUGUAUGGCUUGGUUUUUUGCUUUCCCUGCGUGCAAGGAACAGGCGCUAUGGCGCAUGAGCGCCAUCGCUAUAACUUGCACACCCUGGCUUAGUAUCCUUACGGUAUUACUCUUUAACGUCCUGGACGCACGAGAUGCGUGCUUCGACGCGGUUUAUGCAUUAUUUGUUAUGUUGUACAUUACAGCUCGUGCCGUCCUCUUGGUACUUAUGUUCACCACCUUACGCGAUCUUCCUCCUGACGUAUACAAGGCUGUAUCGUGGACUAGUUUGGUGCCGCACUUGUAG